AUGUCCAACAAAGAUGGGGACACCAAGCUUACGGUACCGAAAUUCACAUCUUUUAAGCCAAAAGAAUCUUCCAACUUGAAGAUCCCUAAGUUUUCAUCUUUCAAAUCCAAAGACAAGGAUCAGGACACACCUGCAGGAUCUGAUAGCAAAGAAUCGGAGCGGGAGCGACAUCGAGACCAAGAGUCGAGGAGAAAGAGAAGCCAUCACCACUCUGAGUCUCAUCGCGACCAUCACCAUUCAAAAAGACAUCGCACAGACUCUCACCACCGACAUCGGGAAAAGUCGCGACCAUCCAGUCAUCAAGAAAUACUGGAACACCGUCCAGUUACUAAGCCUCCACGCGACGCCAAUGAUGCACCGCGUCUGUACGUCGUUGAUCCUAAAGGCGAUCCCUUGAUCAUUCGAUAUGGAAAUCUUGAUCGCUCGCAGAUUCCCGCUUACUAUCGUGAUGGAUAUGGUAAGGUGCUUGGUACACGAGGCCGUCUCGUAAUCCACCGCGAUGGACCAAGAGAUCAGUUCAGUCUACGUAUGCCCGGUGACGGUUCAUAUGCCUCCAAAGACAAGGAUGGUCUUCGCUCGAAGUCGUGGCGUAUAAGGCCAAAUCCCUUUCGAAUCAGAAAACAGGAGAAUGACGAUAAUGGUGAAGACGAAGGUGAUUUCCUGGCGCUAAGCACAUCAAAGAAGCGCAAGAAUGGACGCCAAACUUCUGAAUCCUCCGACGAUGAGGAGCAACCUACCUAUCGCUCGAUAGAGGGCAAGGCCAAACCGCGGCAAUACGAUGACAGCGACUUGGAGUCUGAAUCCGAUGCGCCUGCAGAGAAUAUUGAUCUUGACCAAAACAACCCGUUAAAGUGGAAAUCAAUUCAGCUCUCGAGACGCGUGAAAGACCAACCGGAUGAUAUUGACGCGUGGCUUGAGCUGGCGAAUCACCAAGAUGCUCUCUUAAAGGCUGGCGAGGAUAUCGAUCACAGGGUACUGGAGGCCGAGGUACACAGUUUCGCCGAGAUCAAGCUUCAUAUGCUUGAAUCGGCACUAUCUAAUGUCUCGAAUCAUCAAGAUCGUAUCCGAGUGUUGGUUCCUCUGAUGCGCGAAUGUAUCAAAGUCUGGAACAGCAAGACAAACAACAAAAGGUGGAACGACUUGCGCGAGGAUGAGAAAAAGAGCUUCAAGCUUUGGAAAACGCAUCUUGAUUUUACCAUGUCAAAUAUUUCCACCUUCCACUUUGAUGCUACUAAGCAGAUGCACCUCGAUAGGUUACGUCAAGUCAUUUCGCAAUCCCAACCAAAUAUUGAGCUAGAAGACUUCAGGGAAGCAAUUUACGUCUUCCUCAGACUCACAAGGUUCAUAUCUGAUUCAGGAUAUAAGGAACUCGCUAUCGCAGCAUGGCAGGCUUUCCUGGAGCUCAAUUUCUUCCGGCCAACACAGCUGGACGACCAAAGCGCGGCUCUCGAAUCUCUUCGUGACUUCUGGGAAAGCGAGGCUCCCAGAAUAGGAGAAGUGGAGGCUCAAGGUUGGGCAAAAUUUGUGGAAGAUGGCGAGAUGGGUGAUGCCCCUGAGCCUCUUAAAGAGCAGAUGGAUUCUGAGCUCCCGUCUAGGGACGACUACAAGCGGUGGGCGAAUCUGGAAAGCUCCCAGGCUGAGAAAGCUCGAGUGCCUGCCAGAACAAUGGAUGACGGUACAGAAGACGAUCCAUUCAGAGUGGUGAUGUUUUCUGAUAUUGAAUCAUUCCUCUUUACCAUCCCAAGAGUUAUUCUGCCAGCUACACAGGAGCAAAUAAUCGACGCGUUUUUGACGUUUCAGGGGUUCCCGCCAACGUUCUGGUCUGAGCAUUGGACAGAAGAGGCGUACCACGACCAGUUUCUGGCUCGCUCUACAUCGAAUUUGGAACCCAGCACUCCCAUGCCUCUGUCUGGAGACGAGGACCCUACUGAGAUACAACGAAAACCACCUGCUCUCGAUCAAAGGCCGCUCUGCAUUUCUAAGUCUCCUGAUGUGCUAUUCUCCAAGGCAGAUUGGUUCUCUUACCUGCCUGUGAAGAAUAAGGCGAAUGACAUCGAGCUUGGGUUUCUAGUCAACGCAACGAAGCAAUUAGUUCAUGGCGCCAACAUUGGGGGUUUGGCCACAUAUCACCUGGCUUUGUGUGCAGCGCAAGAUAGCUCCAGUGUCAAAAAAGUAGCGAAAGGUCUGCUAAAACGGUAUCCAACCAACAUGGGCCUCUAUGAAGCAUAUGCACUCGCCGAGUAUGCAAAUAAGAACGGCGAAGUCGCUUCCAAGGUGGUAUCAUCAGCGACUGAGCUUGCGUCGAAGUCAUCGACAGCAGAUUCAUUUGCUCUUUGGAGAACAUGGGCUUGUAUGGAGCUUGAAGCAGGAGAUAAAAUGUCAGCAGUUAGAAGACUAUGCUCUUCUGUUGAUGAGAUUUUACGAAGUGCUGUCGGGACGCCUGAGAUAACCCCGACUCAUGUUCUCAAAGCUCAUCAAAUCUUCUCAUCUACAAUGGGCGACUUCGUGUCCGGAGGUAACCUCGAUCAUGCAGUGACUCCUGCCGGAUGCCUAGUCCUCCUAUCCUAUUUGACAGCUGAUGGAUCUGCGGAGCCAAUGUCGGUCUCUCAGGGAAGCAUUUCAGCUGCUAUAGAGACAGUACACAGAGUGUCCCAGGAGUUAAAACGCCGGGGUUAUGAGAGAUCGCGCGCCCAUGAGCGAAUCUUGCAGUUUGCGUCAAAGUUACUAUACUUGCACGCAGCUCGAGGGCCUUUCCGCCGUGCAUACCUGCUCGAACAACUGAAGCAGUUUCUGGUAUACUUUCCCCGGAACACCGUGUUUCUGUCGCUGUUUGAAUGGGCCGAUACAAGUCUUCGUGUGAUUGACGAAACAAGAACAAUUCUUUACGAAACGGUUCUAACCUUGGCUCAAGAUUGCUUGAGUAGUCGAAUGUUUGCCAUCCACCAUGAGAUGGAACGUGGCAACGUCAAUACAACGAAGGCAGCAUUUGAGCACGCCGUAUCAAGCGACGCUUGCAAGUUUAACACGUCUCUAUGGAUCAACUUUAUCAGAUUUUGCAGUUCUCAGAGAGAAUUGCGACCAAAAGCCAAGGAUGUGCUAUUCAGGGCAUUGAGGCAUUGUCCGUGGUCCAAGGAUGUCAUGAUGGAAGCAUUUGUUACCGUGAAUCGGGAUAUGGACUCUUCAGAGCUCAAGGGAAUCUUUGAGACGAUGACGUCGAAGGGAUUGAGGGUUCACGUUGAUCUGGAGGAGUUUUUGGAUAAGAGGAGGAAUGAGAGGAAGACGGAGAAGAGUCGACGUUGA